AAAAUGAGGGCACUUAAUAUCAAGAUUUUAUUUCCACUAUUUCUUCUUAGCGUUCUAUUAAACUGUAAUGCCGAGGAUUGCACAUCUCUGUUAUAUGACAAAGAUGUACCACAGGCGUUCAACACUCGUACCUACGAGACUAUAACGAUAUUUCCGGGCUCCGUGAUCGGCCAUUGUUCUGGUAGAUGUUUAGAAAAUCUGGAAUGUCAGGCGGUAGAAGUUUGUGAAUCCGGCGGAGCGGAGUACUGUAGAUUUGUAAAGGGAUGGGAUCCUACUUUUACAGAUUCGGGCAGCGGGGGCACCUGUCAGCAGUAUCGAGUGAUGCUGAACACCACUUGUGAUCCUUUGGAAUACUAUGACAGAGCUACAGGACAGUGUCUAGCACAAGAUGUGUGUGACUUUGAGUUAGCUACGGAACCAUCAUGUUUCCUAACGGAAGCAACAGAUGAUAUAUUCAACUGGAUAAGGAAAACGGGUACAACAAGUUCUGUUAGUACUGGUCCCAAUGGCGCCAAGGUUGGUACCUACUACAAGUACAUAGAAACAUCCUCACCUCGAGUCACCGGGGACAACGCAAAAUUGGUCAGCAAUAGAGUGUUUGAAGACAAAACAUACUGUAUCUCCAUGUACUACCACAUGUACGGAUCAACGACAGGAACUCUGAAGAUUCAGACCAGGACCGGAAAUGACACGGCGGUGACUCAUUGGGAACUGACGGGUGACCAGGGAAACCAAUGGUUCAGCAUCGAUAAACUCAACCUACCUCUGAAUAACAACACGGAGAAUCCAAGUGAUGACCAUAACAUAGCCAGUCUGGAACUCAACAAUUUGGCAAGUAAUGAUAUUAUCUGGAUCCAGCUGAAAAUAAAUGGAAAGACGAUGAAGAUGAAACUUGAUACUGGUUCUGCUGUGUCAGUCAUGGCGAAGGGGGAGUUCCGAGAUUCCGAGAAAAGUUUAGAAAACUAA